UUGGGGAAACUUGCUGGGGGCGGCGGGCGCCGCGCACGCGGAGCCCGGGUGUCGGGUGUCCCGGGGGCGCGGGUACGGGCGCCGGAGGAGGGCUGCAACUUUCCCCGAACGCAGGCCCGGCUCUGCGCCCGGUUGCGCGGUCUGUCCGGGCCGGGGGCGCUUGCUCCCCGGCGCCUGUCCGGGCGGUCCUCUCCCCGCGCCCAGGGGCUCCCGCGGACCCCAGUAAAUAUCCCACCCCCCCGCUUCUCUCUGAUCCUCUCCUCCGAGGCCCUGUCCUCCCAGCAGGGCCCGCGGGGGGCAAUGGACCGCGCGGCGGGUCCGCUUCGAAAUGCCUACUCCGAUCGGGUUCUCGAAACCAAAGCCCCCGGGGCCUCGCUGGACUGUGGUAUACCGGGCCGUGGACCACGCGCCGAGCCCCGGGCGCCGAGGGGGCAUCGUGCUGGGGCUCCACAUCCGGCGCCCGAGCCGCAGGCGUGCCCAGGGGGCGCGUUCCUGCCUGCCAACCCCCACCCAGGGGAGCGGCGCGCCCUCGGGGUCCGCCCGGGACCUGCCAGCUCCGCGCUCGCGGCGCCGGGACGGCCCCGGGACUCUGCCAGGUGGAUGUUGUGCGUAGCCGGAGCCAAGUUGAAGAGGGAACUCGAUGCCACCGCAACAGUAUUGGCGAACCGGCAGGAUGAAAGCGAGCAGUCGAGAAAGCGGCUCAUCGAGCAGAGCCGAGAGUUCAAGAAGAACACCCCAGAGGAUUUGCGCAAGCAGGUAGCGCCGCUGCUGAAGAGCUUCCAGGGGGAGAUUGAUGCACUGAGUAAAAGAAGCAAAGAAGCUGAGGCAGCCUUCUUGAAUGUCUACAAGAGAUUGAUUGAUGUUCCAGAUCCUGUUCCGGCUCUGGACCUCGGGCAGCAGCUCCAGCUCAAAGUGCAGCGCCUACACGACAUUGAAACAGAGAACCAGAAACUUAGGGAAACUCUCGAAGAAUACAACAAGGAAUUUGCUGAAGUGAAAAAUCAAGAGGUAACGAUAAAAGCACUUAAAGAGAAAAUCCGAGAAUAUGAACAGACUCUGAAGAACCAAGCCGAGACCAUAGCUCUCGAAAAGGAACAAAAGUUACAAAAUGAUUUUGCAGAAAAGGAGAGAAAACUGCAGGAGACCCAGAUGUCCACCACCUCAAAGCUGGAGGAAGCCGAACAUAAAGUCCAGACUCUGCAAACAGCGCUGGAAAAAACUCGAACAGAACUAUUUGACCUGAAAACCAAAUAUGAUGAAGAAAUUACCGCCAAGGCCGACGAAAUUGAAAUGAUCAUGACGGACCUUGAAAGAGCAAACCAGAGGGCAGAGGUGGCUCAGAGAGAGGCAGAGACCUUGAGGGAGCAGCUCUUGUCGGCCAACCACUCUCUCCAGCUGGCCUCCCAGAUCCAGAAGGCGCCGGACGUGGAGCAGGCCAUAGAGGUCCUCACCCGCUCCAGCCUGGAAGUUGAGUUGGCCGCCAAAGAGCGGGAGAUCGCGCAGCUGGUGGAGGACGUGCAGAGACUCCAGGCCAGCCUCACGAAGCUGCGCGAGAACUCGGCCAGCCAGAUCUCCCAGCUCGAGCAGCAGCUGAGUGCCAAGAACAGCACCCUCAAACAACUGGAAGAAAAACUCAAAGGACAGGCUGACUAUGAAGAGGUGAAGAAAGAGCUAAACAUCCUGAAGUCCAUGGAGUUUGCUCCGGCCGAGGGAGCUGGGACGCAGGACUCAUCCAGGCCCCUGGAGGUACUCCUGCUGGAGAAGAACCGCUCGCUGCAGUCCGAGAACGCCGCGCUGCGCAUCUCCAACAGCGACCUGAGUGGGUCAGCCAGGAGAAAAGGGAAAGACCAGCCUGAGAGUCGGCGUCCUGGACCUUUGCCGGCCUCCCCUCCUUCUCAGUUGCCCCGCAACACGGGGGAGCAGGCUUCCAAUACUAAUGGUACACACCAGUUCUCACCAGCGGGGUUAACGCAAGACUUUUUCAGCUCAUCCCUGGCAAGCCCCAGCCUGCCCCUGGCUUCUACGGGAAAAUUUGCACUAAACUCUCUCCUCCAACGACAGCUAAUGCAGUCCUUCUACUCCAAGGCCAUGCAGGAAGCAGGAAGCACAAGCAUGAUUUUUUCAACAGGUCCAUACAGCACAAACUCCAUAUCUUCCCAAAGUCCAUUACAACAAAGCCCAGAUGUAAAUGGCAUGGCCCCGUCUCCCAGCCAGUCAGAAAGUGCUGGGAGCGUCUCCGAGGGCGAGGAGAUGGACACUGCAGAAAUCGCCCGGCAGGUGAAAGAGCAGCUCAUCAAGCACAACAUCGGGCAGCGCAUUUUCGGACACUACGUCCUGGGACUGUCCCAAGGGUCCGUGAGCGAGAUUCUGGCCCGGCCCAAGCCGUGGAAUAAACUGACGGUGCGCGGCAAGGAGCCGUUUCACAAGAUGAAGCAGUUCCUCUCGGACGAGCAGAACAUCCUGGCUCUUCGCAGCAUCCAAGGCAGACAAAGAGAGAAUCCAGGCCAGAGCCUGAACAGACUAUUUCAGGAGGUACCGAAACGAAGAAAUGGGUCUGAAGGUAACAUCACCACCCGGAUCCGAGCCUCAGAGACCGGGUCCGAUGAGGCAAUCAAGUCCAUCCUGGAACAGGCCAAAAGGGAGCUGCAAGUACAGAAAACCGCAGAGCCGGCCCAGCCUUCCUCGGCGUCCAGCAGCGGGAACUCCGACGACGCCAUCCGCUCCAUCCUGCAGCAGGCCCGCCGCGAGAUGGAGGCCCAGCAGGCCGCCCUCGACCCCGCCUUAAAGCCAGCGCCGCUGUCCCAGACAGACAUCGCCAUCCUGACCCCCAAGCUAAUGCCCCCCUCGCCCAUGUCGUCAGUGUCCGGUUACUCUCCAUUAGCCGUCUCCCUGAAGAAGCCCCCCUCGGCUCCCGACUCCAGCGCCCCGGCUCUGCCCAACCCCCCGGUCCUGAAGAAGGAGUCCCAGGACGUGCCCGGGCCAGACCUCCCGGGGGCGGCCGACUCCGCACAGGGGGUCCUCAGACACGUGAAGAGCGAGCUGGGCCGCAGUGGCGUGUGGAAAGACCACUGGUGGAGCGCCGUCCAGCCCGAGAGGAAGAGCAGCGCUCCCCCCGAAGACCCCAAGGCUGAAGAAGCCAGUGGCGGGAAAGAAAAAGGCGGCGGCGGCAGUGGCGGGCAGGCGCGGGCCGAGCGCGGCCAGCUCCAGGGCCCCUCCUCGUCAGAGUACUGGAAGGACUGGCCCAGCGCCGAGUCGCCGUACUCCCAGAGCUCAGAGCUGAGCCUCACCGGAGCCAGCCGCAGCGAGACACCCCAGAACAGCCCUCUGCCCUCCUCCCCCAUCGUGCCCCUGUCGAAGCCCACCAAGCCCUCGGUCCCUCCGCUGACCCCUGAGCAGUACGAGAUCUACAUGUACCAGGAGGUGGACACCAUCGAGCUCACCCGGCAGGUGAAGGAGAAGCUGGCCAAGAACGGCAUCUGUCAGAGGAUCUUCGGGGAGAAGGUGCUGGGCCUGUCCCAGGGCAGCGUCAGCGACAUGCUGUCCCGGCCGAAGCCGUGGAGCAAGCUGACCCAGAAAGGCCGCGAACCCUUCAUCCGGAUGCAGCUCUGGCUGAACGGCGAGCUGGGCCAGGGCGUCCUGCCUGUCCAAGGACAGCAGCAAGGGCCAGUCCUGCACUCCAUGACGUCACUCCAGGACCCCCUGCAGCAGGGCUGCGUGAGCUCAGAAAGCACUCCAAAGACCUCUGCCAGCUGCAGCCCUGCACCCGAAUCACCGAUGAGCUCUAGCGAGUCAGUGAAGAGUUUGACUGAACUGGUCCAGCAGCCCUGUCCCCCCAUUGAAACAAAUAAGGACGGCAAACCUCCAGAACCCAGCGACCCGCCCGCUUCAGACUCCCAGCCCACCACGCCACUGCCUCUCUCCGGACACUCGGCUCUCAGCAUUCAAGAGCUGGUGGCCAUGUCUCCAGAGCUGGACACCUACGGCAUAACCAAGCGGGUCAAGGAGGUGCUGACCGACAACAACCUGGGUCAGCGCUUGUUUGGGGAGACCAUCCUAGGGCUCACCCAAGGCUCCGUCUCCGACCUCCUGGCUCGCCCAAAGCCCUGGCACAAGCUCAGUCUGAAGGGGCGGGAGCCCUUUGUGCGGAUGCAGCUGUGGCUGAACGACCCCAACAACGUGGAGAAGCUGAUGGACAUGAAACGGAUGGAAAAGAAAGCCUACAUGAAGCGGCGGCACAGCUCGGUCAGCGACAGCCAGCCCUGCGAGCCCCCCUCCACUGGCAUCGACUACAGCCAGGGCGCCAGCCCCCAGCCCCAGCACCAGCUGAAGAAACCCCGAGUGGUGCUGGCUCCCGAGGAGAAGGAAGCUCUGAAACGAGCGUAUCAGCAAAAGCCAUACCCGUCACCAAAAACCAUCGAGGAACUCGCCACCCAGCUCAACUUGAAAACCAGCACCGUCAUCAACUGGUUCCACAAUUACAGGUCUCGGAUCCGCAGAGAACUGUUUAUUGAGGAGAUUCAGGCCGGGAGCCAGGGCCAGGCCGGGGCCAGCGACUCGCCGUCGGCCCGGAGCGGCCGGGCAGCGCCCAGCUCGGAGGGCGACAGCUGCGACGGCGUGGAGGCCGCCGAGGGCCCGGGCGCCGCGGAUGCCGAAGAGUCGGGCGGCCCCGCGGCCGCCGCCAAGUCUCAGGGAGGAGGGCCGGCCGAGGCGGCCGCAGCCGCGGCCCCGGAGGAGCGGGAGGAGGCGCCGCGGCCGGCGGAGAAAGCGGAGCCGCCGCCCUCGGGGACCCCGGCCCCGGACGCCGCCACCGACGAGAGCCGGCCCCAGGCGCCACCGCCGCCGCCCGAGGGCCCCGCGGACGGCCCGGGGCCCGUGCCAAACCCCGCCGCCGCCGCGCCCGCGGCCGGGGAGGACGCCGCUACCUCAGCCGCCCCGCCGGGGGAGGGCCCGUGCAGGGCCCGGGACGGCGCCGACAGGAGUUCCGCUUUGCCAAGCACCAGCGCGCCCGCGGCCGCCCGCAGGCCCAGCUCGCUGCAGAGCCUCUUCGGCCUCCCGGAGGCAGCGGGCGCCAGGGACUCGCGAGACAACCCCUUGAGGAAGAAGAAGGCCGCGAACUUGAACAGCAUAAUCCACCGCCUGGAGAAGGCCGCCAGCCGGGAGGAGCCCAUCGAAUGGGAGUUCUGAGAGGGCGCCGCCCGCCCGUCCCGCCGAGCCGGGCCGAGUCUGGCCGAGCCGGGCCGCGCCUGACCGGGCAGGGCAGAGUCGGGCCGAGCUGGGCCUAGUCGAGCCGAGCUGGGCCGAGUCGAGCCAAGUCUGGCCGAGCCGGGCCGAACCGGGCCGGGCAGGAGGGGGGGCGCCGACUCCGCGGCCUGGACCUUGUUGCGCACUUACCGCCCUGCGGGCCACAGGGCAAAAUCGCCAUAGGCCAAGGUGCAUAUAGAAAACAAAGGAGCAUUAAGCCCAAUCUAUGUCGUGUUUUCAAGGAAGAAAACGGAAAUGUGUAGUCGAGCUUUUUUGUACCCUGAAGUGUUUUUUUUAUUGCCCUAAGUGAUUUCCACAGGUUCUGGAAUAACUCUUACAGCUUUGCCUUGCGCCCUCCUCUUUCGUGUGGGCUUUAAAAAAAAAAAAAAUCAAACCCACAUAUUAAAAGGGGGCUUUUUAUCUGCCAUCUAAUGGCUUCAGAGCGAUAAUACACUAUUAUCUUCUUAAACCAGGAAAAAAAGGGGGGGGGAUUUUUCAGAAAAAUUUAAAAAGAAAGUUUUUGUAGCUGUUCAGUUGCCACUAAGAGAUUGCACAGUCAAACCGACUCUAAACACACUAGUUUGGAUUCCUAAAUAUUUUCAAGCAAAGAAUCUUCUCCUUUGAAACUUUGAAUUAAAGUAAAACACAUUUACUUCACAUAUUUUUUAACAAAAAGAAAAGUCACAUCAGGAAACUCUCUGAUUUUGUGGUAGCUGACGUAGUGUUUUCUCGUGCGUGAAUAGAAUCCUGACACGUAGUGCACAUUGAUCCAUAGCUUUAACUGACUCUGGGCUUUUGCUGACCAGGGUUUGUUCAAUACACUCCAUUCUAGGCCAAAUCAGGACAAAAAGAAAAGAUCCGAAUCUAGGUAUUUUAUAAUCUGCUUUUUAACCUCUAACCGCAGAGCACGCUGAUCAGACCUCAUAUCUCGGAGGUGUAGGAGACAAGUUAGAACUGUAGCAUGUACCCGUUCAUUUUGUUUAAUUUAUGGUGUCUUACGUCUGUGUUAGUGCGUCCUGCACACGUACGAGCGUUGAAGGAAAGGAGGAAAGAGUAGGCCGCGAAGGUCGCCGCAGGCAGAUCUGGGGCCACACAGGGCCCCUCGUAGGCAGCAGUCUUUCCACGACACAGAAGGCACCGCACCUCACACCACUCUCCCGGGCACCUGAUGGACUGAGCCCCACCAGGGGACGCCGCUCCCUGGGCCUGGGCAGGGCUUGCGCAUGCGCACACGCGCUCUCUCGAUCUCUCUCUUUCUCUCUCUCCCCCCUCCCCCUCCCUCCCUCCCUCCUUCCUUCCCUCCCUUUCUCUCUUUCUCUCUCUCUCUCUCUCUCCCCUCCCUCCCUCCCUCCCUCCCUCCUUCCCUUUCUUCCCACCACAAGCACUGAUGACUGUUGACGUCGUGGGAAGCCUCCUUCCUUCCCUGCAGAAGAGAGAACGUGGCAGUCUGGGCUCGGCUCCCACCCCCGUAGAGAUGGCCCAAACUCACACCAAAACGCUGAUGCUCUUCACUUCCAGACCAGACCGUUGGCCCUCCAUUCAUUUUGCCUCUUGGAACGUUCUUUUAUGCACAGUUUAGGGCAGUCUAAGUACAAAUCAAAAGUCUAACUUGUCUCUGAUUCCUCCUGUCGUCUAUGUGUAUAUGCGUGAGAACAGAGGUGGAUGAGAGUGUGCGUGUGUGCGUGUGUGCAAUUUUAUACGUCUGUGUAUUUUCUUAAGUACCUGUGCACACAUAGAGUGCAUUACUGCCACCUUUUUUCAAUAAGCUGUUUUAUCAGUUAUGGCUUCUACAAGUUUGCUAAUUUAGACUCCUUUAUUGCCAUAUCUUUAAACUAACAAUAGAUGAUUUCGGUAUAUAUAUAUAUUUUUUUUUGCUUAUUUAUAGGUGCUGUAUUUUAUUAUCUGAUUGUUAGGAAGGGAUGAGAGGGGCAAAUAUUCUUUAGCGGGAUAGACUGCCGGCAGUAUUGGGUAUAAUUUACAAGAUGUAGUUGUCAUACUGUAUAUUACUGAUUGAAACCUUUUUGACCGUAUUGUGUAUCAUUGAAACCUUUGUCUUAGGUCAACAUCUUUGGAUGACAUUUUAAUGGUGCAUUCAUUAUUUCUUAAGUUUAAUUAAUAUUACCUUUUUUUGAUUUGGGGGGGUGGGAGGGAGUUCUAAUUUUAAAGGUAUGCUCCCGCUAUUACACCUCAGUGUGCUUGUAUUAAUUAACUUGUAGGACUUUGACUGUAAGAUGUGAAACCACAUUUCUUGCAUGAUGUUUUAGAAAUUAUGUAUUUCAUUUACAGUCUUUUAACCUGCAACUGCAGCACUUAGUUCAAGUUUUCACAAGCUUAAGAGUCACUACACUAAAGACUAUGCCUUUUCAUGAAUAAGAAGGUUGCAGAAGGCUCUAGGAGGCUGGGAGGCAGGCCGUUUGUCUUUUGAUGGUUGCAUAUCAUCUCUGAACUUGAAAUCUGGUUCGGUGAGCAGAGAAUUCAACAUGGAGGAGCUUAAGGGGAAAACGGAUUCACAUCUGGCUGAAUCCAGGUGCGGUGAGAAGAGCGAGUUUGCAUUCGUGACCCUCAGGACAGCAGGCAGCAGAGCCCCUGACGGCACUGUGUGGCCCUCUCCACGAAAACCUCGCGGAGGGAUGCGGCCACCACGUGCGCUCAAUCUCCAGAUGCCUGAUUUUCAUUAGAACGAAAAGCAGGGCGUUAACAGGGAUGCUAGGGUAGUGUUUUCGUCUUAAAGGCAUGACUGUUACCUGCUAAGGUGUGACAUCUGAGGAAAUUGAAAAAGUAUAAAUCUGUCCAUCCUAGUGGCCAAAUAGUACCGUCUAAAACAGCCGCUUUGGCUCUUUCAGGCAAUUUAGUCAUUUUUGUUGUCGUUUCUUUGUUUUUAAACUAGGUUAUUGUUGAUUUCCAUUCUAUCUUUUUUGCCAGGCUUACAUCUGGGUGCUCGAUACAAUCAGUUGGUUAAAUUUUGCUUGCAGCUCCAUGUUUGUAUUUUUUCUCUAUUUAUUUUAUUUUUUUUUUUUUUUGAUUGCGAUCCCAACACUAUGAUCUCUUGUGUUAAGCUGUCACUAUAAUACCUUUAAGAGCUGCCACUAAAUAACAGAAACCUGGCGGGGGGGAGUGUCCCCCUCCUCUUUGCGCCCCUCAUUCUGAGUCCAAGGGUUGAUCUUUCAUCUUGAGAAGCAAUAUUCAAGUGCCUUGAACAGCAUCCUCUCCGUGGGCUUUAUCUUCAGCUGGCUGGCGUUCCAAGCAGUAGCUCCCACAGGCAGCCGACCUCUUCCUCUUUCCGCUCCAUCAGUUUAAAAAGCUGAUUUGUACCUCUCCUCUGGGGAAAACGGUUUCGUAUAAAACACUAACACUUAAUUACAAGCUCCAUUAUACCAUUUUAAAUGGCUUCUUUUUGUUAAUUGAAGGCAGUGUUCGUAAGUUAAGGUUUUUGCCAUUACUUAGCUGGCUGAGUGGAGGCUCCGCAUACAAUCAGUGUUCACGUUCAGCCUCUCGACCCUUGGUUCCCGCCCACGUUCUCCUGUGGUGUCUGAGGUGGAAGGGGUGUGGGUUCUGUCCCAGCCCUGCGGUUGUCUGUGAUCUCUGUCUACCAGACCGCCCUUCUUUAGGAAGGGUUACCGCAGCCAUCUAGCUCUAACUCGGUUUUCCUCAGAGCCUACCUUCCCAAAGAACGUCACGACACAAGGUGGCUUACGGUCAGCAGACUGGGGAGAAGUCUCCAGGAAAUGCCAGGAUCUUGUAUGACUACUCUCAAACCAUGGCCACUACGUCUGGGAAAGUGACCGAGGCAAAAAGAUGAGAGUUCAUGGCCUCCCUGGGACAGUUUCCCUGAACUUCCAAAGCACAAAUGCCUCCCUGCUCACCUCCCUCCUGUGGGCCUCUUUGUUUUCCCCCCCGUUUAAAAGCCAGAUACGCUGGUUGUUGGUCCCGACCCACAGUACGACGGAGCUUUGGGUUAAGUGUGCGUCUGUUCUCCCUCUGGCUGCGAGAGACCCUCCCCAGCCAGCCCCAGGCCCAGCCGCCAGCUCCAGGAGGAAGGAAACACCCGAACGCCUCCAUGCCUGGGGCCACAUCAGCCCACAGCCCUGAGCAGACCAAGCAGAGGGCAGGUUGUACGCAAGCUCUGGCAUCAGCUAACUACCCUCAGAUCACCCAGCAGUCGUGCCCUAAGAGGUCGGGACGAGAGUCACCGGACAGCUCUGUCCGCAGGCAGGUGCCUUUCCGGCUAAAGUUGGCCUGGGUUUCUUUGUUCUCCCUGAAUUCAUGUCCUUACAUGCAGGGGUGAUCAAUGAACUCUAUUGACUUUCUAUGCAAUGUUUUUCAUUCCUCUGAUUGUAGGAAAACAAACCUCCCUGAAAAUAGCAGAGGAGCCAGGGGGAGCAUAACGGGCCAUCCUUCAGGGAUGAGCACAGAGUGAAAGAGCGAUGGUGAUUUACUAGGUCUUGAACUUGGGGACAGUAGCCUUUGCCUUAAAUGCACUGUGGCAGGCACCUCUCGACGAGCCUGUGAAAACAAGAGUCUGUCCUUAGCCGUCCCAAGCUGCUCCUCUCUGAGGCCAGUAAGCCAGCUGCGUGGAGGGAGGGGGUAGAGCAGGGCGAGGUCCUGGCCAGCGUGGUGGGCUGGUGGCCGCGCCCCUUCAGCCUGGAGGUGUGGCUCCCUCCCUGAUGUCCUUUGUUGUCACACUCAUGUGUCCCCUUCUACCUCACUAACCAUGCUCCCACUCGAUCUCACCCCUCACCCCUCAGAAGCGUGUGGCAAGUGGGAUCCGGGAAGGGAAAACCUAGAGGCAUGGCGUCCGUGAGUCCAGGCGGCUUCCCUCUUGCACAACACGGACAGACAGCUGUUCUCUGUGAGGCACGGGGACUCUCCUCGUGGCUUCCACCUGUUCCUGAAGCUCUCACAGCUGUUUCCUUUGCAGGCAGGGGCCGUCUCGGGCCUCAGAGGGCCUUGCCUUUGGCCGCCUCUGCACUCUGUCCAUUCCUGGUCAGCUGUUAAGAUCCGUCACAGCCAUUUCCCUUGCCCUGGGCUGCCCCUCCAUGGCCACGUGAGGUCACUUCCCCAGGAUUCCCACUUGGCCUCGGGGAGCUCUGUUGUCUCUGGCACUGGGAGGUUAUCGUUUCAGCACCUCCGUGGGAAUCUUCUGAAGGACAGGAGAGAAUACGGCCUUCUCCAGCCCUCAUGCCCAGUCUUCAGUCACGUGACCCUUUCUUCCCCAGAGAAUAGGCCAGUUUCCGCCCCGUGCUGAAGAAAACCAGCUCCUAGGGCUGCUGGUUAGGUGUGGUGGCCAGAGUGUUCUGAUGGAAAGAACUUGGAAGCGCUCGCCAGGAGGAGCUUACAUUUAGAAAUCCCCCGGCUGCUGCUGCGGUCUCGUUUGGGCCUUGAUGGCGUUAGGGUAGCCUUUGUGACCCCCGAGGCAGAGCUCCUGCCCUAAGUGUCAAGGUGAUGGCCUGGGACUCCAACAUGCUGUACGUCUGUUUCCCCAGUGCACUGAAUGUCGGUCCGGCCAGCACACCUGCUUGCUAAGAGGAUGGUCCAGUUUGGCAAUGUUCAUUCCCAUUCCCAUCCGUCGCUGCCUUUUGGUAGAUGAAAACUACCGGGAAACGAAGGGAAAGCAAGUUAAAGUUCCAAAAAGAUCAAGGCUUUGAGACCCUUAGAGAUGUGCAGAAAACCGAGGCCAGAGCACUCGGGGCUGAUCGAGGUGGCAGAGGAAGGGGCGUGGGCAGUGCCGAGCUGAGCAUAAAAUGAGCCCUGCCCUGGAGUCUGCCCUGCCCUAGCAGCCUGGGAGCCUCAUCCCUGGGAAGAAGGACAUGCAAUUCCCCACCACCAUCACCACCACCGUCUGUCCCAUCGCAGGAACUGCCCCCACCAGCCCAGGCCCUGCUACCACCCCUUCCGUCACCACCUUCCCUCCAAAGAGACUGUGUCCACGCUGUCAGUGGCAUCCUCCCCAUUUUCAUUUUUGGAUGAAGUGACAUUUAGCUUUAACAAGACAUUUCCAAAGCGCCUAGUCUCCUCCAAAAUGCUAAUUUUAAAAGUUGGGCAUUGUAGGUGAAGGACCUUAAAAAAAAAAAAAAAGGCUAGUGAGAGAAAGACAUUAGGCUAGGCAUAAAUGCGCACUUCCAUCCCCUCCAUUCAACAUCUAAAAUAGCUCUGAGUUGCUUUUCAUGGAUCAUUUUAGCUUAUCCAAUAGUGUAGAGUCUGUGUUACUGUAAUUUCUGUAGUGUUUAGGCUUUCAUCUCUACCACAAAAUAUGCUAUAUGCUAUGAAUCAAGCUUUCUGUGAUCAGAAAGGAAAGGUGCCUUAUAUCCCAAUGUCAUGGCUACAUCCCUAUGGAGAAUAAUCAGAAGCACAGUGUGUACGGAAGCAUUGGGACUUCCGUUGGUGAAACCAGACACCAGUCAGCGAGAUGCAUUGAAGUGGCACGGGGCUACUUUUGUUUUCUGGUUCCCUUUUUUCUCCUUUUCGUUUUCCUUUUUUUGUUCUUUUCUCUCUCUCUCUCUUUUUUUUUUUUUUUUUUUUUUGCCUACUUUGCUUUAAACAGAAAGCACUUAAAUAGAUGACUAUGUGUGAAAGCUCUGUGCAAUAGAAAUCACUUUUCUUCAUUUUUAAGAGGUAACGUGUUGCACACCAAAUGAACUCAAAGUAAGCUUUAGACCAGGGCGAUUCAGGUUGUGGAGGAGUAGGACAAGUUUGUCCACUGUAGUUCCGUGUGUUCAUGAACUGAAGGGAAAACGGGCCUCCCCGGCAUCCCCCCCACCCCCAUCUCAGCUUGCCUCUUGCUGACCGCCAAGCUAGGCGUGUAGGGCCCACGGGCACCCACCAGAACUGGCUGGGUGGCAGGGCGGGCGGAGGGGGUCUGUGACUCAGCAGCUGAGAACCUUCCCCAGUGUGAGACCACAGCUAUCCCUUCCAGCACUUAACCUUUUCUUGUUGAGAUGGAUUGCUACUGACCCGCCAGCGUGCGUGAGGAUAAUUAUAAAAGGAUGUUUCCUUGAGAAAAAAAAAAAAAUUAUUUCUAGCCUCUUCUAUUUAUUAUUAGGUUAGUCCUUUAAGUACUUACCAGGAGUAUAUUGUUAUUUUGUGUCGUUGUUGUUGUCAUAAAUGCUUUUUGCUAUCACUCCAGUGGUUACCGUCUUCUGCCCCCUGCCCUCCCCCGCCCCAAAGAACCCAAGGGUCUGAAGAUGCGGGGGGGGUGGCCAGCGGGGGCUUCUCCAGCAGAAUCAGACAUCUGUCUCCAGGGCAGCCACCCAAACACUGGUGGUCUCCACACGUCUAACUUUUCAAAAUGAGAGAGUUGAUGAACAACAAAAAAAAAUGUACCCAUGUAAGGAAACGCGGGUUGAAGGACGCUUGCGUGAGGAGCUAUAGAGGAGACUUAGAAAAAGCAAAGCUCAGUUCCCCAAAGCCUCCUAGAGCCUCUGGUCAGACUUCUGGGUUCAUGACGUUUCAGGAGCCCCGGGCAGAGCGGGUGCGGCGGCCUGGUCGAGCCUGACUUCGGGUGAGAGAGGUUUCCGGCAAGGCUCACAUGGGCUGACAGGUUUCGGUUGGCUUUUGUUUCUGUUGUUGUUGUUUUCCUUGCCUGCAAAGUUGGUCAGAACCUUCUUGAGGAACAACCGUGUUUCCUAGUCCGGCUGCGGCUUAAGGACCCACCCCAGGGGGGUGGGGUGGAGUCCCUUAUCCCCUUUCACGUGGUCAAGUGCGGAGGAAGUUUGGACCAGGGGCACAGCUUUCUGUGGCUAGAGGCACAGCCAGCAAGACACCCAGUUGCUUGCUCAUCGGGUGUUGGGGUGCAGUGGGACUGGUGGUGGAGGCCAAGGUGGGGCUCCCAAAGGGCCCACCGACCGCCGACUCACUCUCCGUGCCGUGACUUUCCCUCCUCUGACGUCAUUUGGGGUCCUGCUUCUGUCCUUGUCUCUUUGAAAGAAAGCCCUCUGAUGAAAUAACGGCCCCCAUCCCUCCCCCGCCAAAGGGUUUUCAUUUCCCUCCAAGUAGUCUAUGCAUUUCUCUCUCUCUCUCUCUCUCUCUCUCUCUCUCACUCACUCUCAAACCGUUUUCUGCCUCCUCGGAAAAACGGGCAUCUCAUGUCCCACCCUCUGAGACCCCCUCAGAAAAUGCUGUGCAGUUUGGAGGCAUGAGGUUUCGUUCAAACUUCCAAAAGCAUUUGCGGAUAGCUUGUUAUAAAAUAAAAGUGGGAAAAAGCAAAAGAAAACGCGGUGUCCCCCACGUCCCUUUCCACUGAGUAAGACCUAGCUCUUUGCGAUUGUGCAAUAAACUACUUGCCAUGAGAGCGGGUGGCCACGCUCCUGCCCAGACUACUAACUAACACAGCACAGGACGGCCGGCCGCACGGCGGGCCUCUUCCAGAUGACUCCUAAUAAGCUCAGCUUCCCCCCCGCACCCCGUGUCUUGUGGUGUCUUACAUUUUAGCAGUAUUUUAUAUUUUCUGUAAUGCACUAAGUCUUAGAUGUUUUUAGAGCUCAUUUGUUCAUACUCACAAUCACAGACUUUUUUUUUUAAUCCUCACAACGACCCGAUUGACCAAAAAAAAAAAAAAAAAAAAAAAACCAUCAUUUUUGUACAAAUAGCUUUGAGAAGGUCUCUGUUGUGUUGCUGUGAGCCAUCUCUAGUAACAUUUUAUUUCUGCUAUUUGUUUUCGACACGGUAAGUCAAAAGUUGAUCCGCCUGGCAUGGGGGUGGGGGGAGGCACCCGUCGGCCCCUGGGCGUUGUCCCUUCUGUCUUUGGUUAGCCAUACGAUGUUUGUUCUCAGCACUGUACAACGGUCCCUAUAUGAUAUGGAGAAGCAAUAUCACUGUAUGAAACUCACACCAUGUAUUAUUAUUAUUCACUAGCACCGUAGGUGUGAUAAUUGAAGUAAAUAUCUUUUAUACAAACA